CCGGGAUGUCACGGAGCCCCCAGGCUGACAGGCCGCUCAGCUCCUGCCCGUUGGAGGGAGGACAGCGAGAUCAACGCUCCGCUCGCCUGCCUGGGCUGGGCUCGGCGCUGGCGACACCCCAAUGAGUGUCACAGCCCCCCAUGCAGCCACCCCAGAAGAUGGAACAGAAAAGAAUGCAGUGUGACUGCUUUGAAGUGAAGAAUCUUGCCAGUUCCAGAGAGGAGAAGAUUGAAGGUGAUUUGAAAAUGUUCUGGACACAACUGGGAGGUAGAAGAGUGGACAUCAUAUUUGAGCAGGUGCAAAAUGUGCUCCUGUCACUAAAGGAAAAGAUCAAGAAUGGAACUGCCACAAACCAAGGAGCUUGUUUCCUUUUGUUGAAAUCCAUAAAAUAGAUCUGAGAAGCCUGUUAGCAUUACAAGGAAUAAAAAACAUAACUGUUACUGUCCUCAGUAAGUGAUAUGUCUGAUGGAGGUGACACACAGGAAAUGAAACCCAAAUUGCAGCAUCUUCUUACAGAUGAGAACAUUGCAAAUGCUGUAGAAGGUUCUCACAGCAAAAAGGAAGAGAUGGAAAAAACAGGUUCAGGGAGUGAAGAAGCAUCUAGUAAAAUUCAAGAUAUACCUUUAAACCGAGGGUAUCAGAACCACAAGUGCUCUAGUGCAUGUCUUGCCAGCAGACCAGCAGGCUCUUACAAGGGUGAAAAUCCUCUUAAGAUACCAAUCCUGUUUGACUUUCAAAGACGCCACGCAAAAGCAGACUGCCUUUCGAAAUCACUGGAUGUGAAUUAUAAAGCUCCUUGUGGCCGAAGUUUGAGAAGCUUCCAAGAUGUGCAAAAUUAUCUGUUUGAAACAGAGUGCAAUUUCUUAUUUGUUGAUCACUUCUCCUUCAACACAUACGUUCUGCUGGGCAGGAAUACUGUAAAUCCUGAACCUCUUGUGUUUGAUUUUGACAUCAGCAACGGAGCUGAGUCAGUGCCCGUUUCCUUCUGCAAUGAUCUUGACCGUGCAAGAUUACCUUAUUUCAAAUAUCGGAGAGCAUCGUGGCCGCGUGGAUAUUAUCUCAACAAUUUCUCCAGCGUGUUUGUUGAUUCAUGUGACUGCACAGAUGGCUGCGUUGAUAGGUCAAAAUGUGCAUGCCUACAGCUAACUGAGAGAGGCUAUAGUAAAAGUUCUCUGUCUGCAAGCAGUAAAACAUCCCAUGGAUACAGUUACAAAAGACUGGAGGGACCUGUUCCUAGUGGAAUUUAUGAGUGUAGUGUGUUGUGCAGGUGUGACAAGAUGAUGUGUCAGAACAGAGUUGUACAGCAUGGCAUUCAAGUCAGGCUGCAAGUGUUCAACACCGAGAAGAAAGGCUGGGCCGUCCGCUGCCUAGAUGAUAUCGACAAGGGAACAUUUAUUUGUACUUAUUCAGGCAGAUUGAUGAGCAGAGCUGAACUUCAGGUACUGGGAGAUGCUGGUCAAGAGCUGCAAGAGAAGAGUGCUAUGAAGAGCAGAGGCCAUGGCCUUUUUUCUAAAAGAAGAAAACUUGACAGUGAUUGUUCGGACUCUGUGAUUGAAGUAGCACAGACUGGCACAAACGAUGCUCUUGAGAAGCACGAGCCUUUGUCUCAGACUGUGGAUAAUGAAAAUGAAACAACCCUAGUUCAUCCGAGGAAUUUAAGUAUUGGAACCUCGAGAAGGCCUGGAACUAGAACUGUUGUUUUUCAUGAUCGUCAGCUAAACAUGGAAAUUGAUACACUGGUGCACAAUGCCAGCUCAGAUGAAGAUAAUAGUUCUCAGAUUCAUCAGUCAAGCAAAACAAAACUAACCAGUGGAACAAAGAAAGGAAAAGAAAAAUCCACUCAGCAGCAGAAGGAAGAAUGUCCAAUGGAAACUGGACAGACAGAGCCUGCUGACACGGACAGUGCAGAAUGCAAAAGAAAGAGUCUGUCUCCACAGGGUGUUGCUUGUGGCACAUCAGGUGUGCUGGAUAACACGUGUGUUGUGAGGCCGUCCAAAAAAGUACCCGUAAAAGCUGACUGCAGAGAGGAAAAUUGCAGGCAGCCAAAACAGGAUAUAUUUUGUGAGGAGGCUGAUGGUGACGGGACACUUCUAAAGAAUGCUAAUGAAGAAAAUAUUUAUGUACUGGAUGCCUCAAAAGAAGGAAAUGUGGGUCGUUUUCUUAAUCACAGCUGCUGCCCAAAUCUCUUUGCGCAGAGCGUGUUUGUAGAGACUCACAACAGAAGCUUCCCGUGGGUGGCAUUCUUCACAAACAGGCAUGUGAAAGCUGGAACUGAACUCACGUGGGAUUAUGGUUAUGAACCUGGAAGCAUGCCAGAGGCAGAGAUUUCCUGUCAGUGUGGAGUUCAGAAGUGCAGGAAAAAAACCUUAUAGGCAAAGCCUUCCUGCUGUUAACACAUCAUGUACCUGAAGAUUUGUAAGCUGCAAGGGACUACUACACAGCAAACAGUACACUUAAGUCUGUGGUGCUAAUUACAUUCAACUAAAAUGUCUGUCACCUGAUCGUUUUUUAAAUUUACAUUUAAAUGUCACUUUUGUAGUUUACAGAGUUAGAACUGUUUCUCAAAAGAACAGGCAUCAAACUUUUCCGAGAUAAUUUCUGUGCUCCUAGUCUUUCCUCGCGUCUCUUUUUGUUUGCAAGCAAAGUUCACAAUGCACUGGAAGAACUCGUGCUUCUGUGUCAUCUGCAGCAGAGACAUGGCUGAUGCAGAGCAAUUGUUAGUUGAUGUUUUCUGUGCAGUUCCACAAUGCUGAGUUAGCAAAACUUGGGUUUCUGAAACUCAUUAUGAAUGCAAGUCUGCCUGUUUGGGGGCUAAGUGUUAUUAAAGCCUACCUAACCCUGAUGGAUCCAGUGGGACAGAUGGUCUUGAACAGAGAUGAGAUUAAUCAGGAUGGUUUUGCACAGCUGUGUUCGUGCUGCAAAAUGAGCUGGGCAAGUCCUGCUGCUGCAAGAGAAAAAUUACUGAAAUGGAGCAACGGAUGGACGUGCAGGUAUGUGACUUUUCAAUGUGGUGGACUUUUGGGCAAAGAAGGUGGUUUUGUAGAUGAGUGUUUUAGACCACUUGAAAAACCACCACCAAAAGUAAUUUUACUGAAGUAAGAUGUUGUAGAAGUAAGACUUAACAAAGUUCAAUGGCAAGGUUCACUCUGUUACUGUAGAGGAUAUAAUUGUGCUUCAAAAUUACCAAAUCAAAAUCAAAGUCACCAAUACAAAAUCUAGUGUGCUACAAUAUAA